CCACACUACCAAAUCCCACAAAUAAAAACCAGAAUCCUUUGAAUCAUUCCUCAUUUUCGUCACAAUACACCAAACCCAACUCCCAUCUCCUCUCUUUCACCUGCUCAAACCACCCAUACACACAGAUAUACAUAAAUACACACAAUUGGGCUGGCCUCAAAGAUCAUUUUAUAGAUUAUAAUUUCUGGGGUUUCCACAAAAUGGCUAUUUCAAGUGGAUUGGCUGCUACAUGUAACCCUGGCCUAAUUAUCAAGAACAGAUUUUUUCUGCAAAGAUCCAAUCUUUCCUACAAUUUCGCAUCAAAGACUCGAUUUCUUGACAACCCAUGUAAGAAAAGCGAUGAAUUUGGUCAAAGGUUGUCUUUUUUGAGGCCUAGGUGUGAGGCUGUUUCUGUUGACAAUGGUGAGGUUGAGUCAAAGGUUAAUAGCUUGUCUGCUCUUGAGCUUCUCAAAUCAUCUGCAGCUGACAGAUAUACGAAAGAAAAGAGUAGUAUUUUUGUGAUUGGGCUUAAUAUUCACACAGCACCACUUGAUAUACGUGAGAAACUUUCUAUUCCUGAAGCACAAUGGGCUCAAGCUAUUGGUGAAUUAUGCGCUUUAAAUCAUAUUGAAGAAGCGGCAGUUUUGUCUACUUGUAACAGAUUGGAAAUAUAUGUUGUGGCUCUUUCUCAGCAUCGUGGCAUUAAAGAAGUGACUGAAUGGAUGUCUAAGAUUAGUGGGGUUCCAGUUUCAGAGCUAAGUGAUCACCGGUUUAUGCUUUACAAUAAAGAUGCGGUGCGCCACCUUUUUGAGGUAUCUGCUGGACUUGAUUCUCUCGUUCUAGGGGAAGGCCAAAUUCUAUCUCAGGUUAAACAAGUUGUAAAAACAGGACAGGGAGUUCCAGGUUUUGAUAGGAAAAUCAGUGGGCUGUUCAAGCAUGCAAUAACAGCAGGGAAGCGUGUCAGGAGUGAGACUAAUAUUUCCACAGGGUCAGUUUCAGUUAGUUCAGCUGCUGUUGAGCUGGCCUUGUUAAAGAUUCCAAAUUCUUCAUAUGCUAGUGCCAGAGUUUUAGUUGUUGGAGCAGGGAAGAUGGGGAAAUUGGUGAUUAAACAUUUAGUUGCCAAAGGGUGUAAAAAGAUGGUGGUGGUUAACAGGACCCCGGAUAGAGUUGCCGCCAUCUGUGAGGAGCUUAAGAAUGUUGAAAUAGUGUAUCGACCUCUCUCAGAUUUGCAAUCUUGCGCCGCGGAAGCUGAUGUAGUUUUCACUAGUACUGCUACAGAAACUCCUUUGUUCUUAAGAGAGCAGGUGCAGAAGUUUCCACCGGUGAGCUCUCAGAUUGGAGGGCUAAGGCUUUUUGUUGACAUCUCUGUUCCUAGGGCCGUGGAAUCAUGCGUAUCUGCUGUUGAAACCGCAUCUGUUUAUAAUGUGGAUGAUCUUAAAGAGGUUGUGGAAGCUAACAAAGAGGACCGGCUUAGAAAAGCCAUGGAAGCUCAAGUAAUUAUCACAGAGGAGGUCAAACAGUUUGAAGCUUGGAAAGACUCCCUCGAGACUGUUCCAACAAUUAAAAAACUGAGGGCAUAUGCCGAAAGAAUAAGAGCUUCUGAGGUGGAUAGGUGCUUAUCAAAGAUGGGGGAUAAUAUCACCAAGAAGCAGAAGGCUGCUAUUUAUGAUCUUAGUCUAGGUAUAGUGAACAAACUUCUUCAUGGUCCAAUGCAGCACCUGAGAUGUGACGGGACAGACAAUCGUAAUCUGAGUGAAAUAUUAGAUAAUAUGCAUACUCUUAACAGAAUAUUUGGACUAGAUACAGAUGUAUCUCUCUUGGAAGAAAAGAUCCGAGCUAAGAUAGAGCAGAGCAAGAAGUAAUCUUUCUCGAAAUCAACUAAAAUAUUCUUUGAUUGCUUGAAGUCGCAAUUUCUCCAGCUGAGAGCACAUAAUCUUCAGCACAUACUCGUUCAUUCAGGCUGAUUGUUACGUCGGAUGGAGGUUUUUGUAUUUUUAAUAAGUGUAUCCCCUGGUUGGCAGUGGUUAUACGUAUAUGAUACGAUAGGCCUCUAGUGACGGAGGCUCAUUUAACUUUGAGGUUAGUAGACUAUUUGAAUGGUUGGACGAUGCACGAUCUUUUUUCAUCUACUUUAACUGUUCUGAUACCCUGUUUCAAAAACUACUUGGAAAUCAUCUUAUACAUAUAUAGAGUUACUUACUACUGAGGAUAGUUUGUCAAAAAACGCUGUCUCUGUUAUAAUGUUUAGUGAUUUGGCGAGACAUUCUCUUCAAAUUGGGCUCUCCCAAAACCUAAUAGCUUUGUUUAGUCUUUUGAUUCUUAAGUUGUUUUACAUUCAAAGAAUCUUAGUUAUCUGUACUGAAGUCUAUUGGUUAUACUGAGAGUUGUGUACAAGUGUUUGUUUGAUUGAGGUCAGAUAAAUAGAAUUCCACGUUUCAUAUUUA